AUGACAGGGUUUGGCACUUCAUGUGGAGCAUGCAAGUUCCUAAGGAGAAAGUGCACGCGUGAUUGUAUAUUUGCUCCUUACUUCUCCUAUGACCAAGCUGCAACUCAUUUUGCAGCAGUGCAUAAAGUUUAUGGUGCUAGUAACGUCUCCAGGCUAUUAUCACAUCUUCCAAUCCAUAAUAGAAGUGACGCUUCCAUCACCAUAUCUUAUGAAGCAUUGGCUCGCAUGCAGGAUCCUAUAUAUGGUUGUGUUGCUCAUAUCUACGCAUUGCAGCAACAGGUUGCGAGCUUGCAAGAGGAGAUUGGUAUUCUUGGAGGUUUAAUGGCAAAUUCCACAGUUAGUGAUGUAAAUUCUGGCAGUGUCCAAGCACCGAUGAACUCAAACAACGGAAUACAGUAUCUUUUGAAUGCCACAGUCUACCAAAGUUUCGACUCACUGAGGGAUAAUAUAGAGCUUCCUAAUAAUGCACAUGGACUAGAAGGGCCUUCAUUUGGCAAUUCUAACUCCAAUCCGUUAGAGAAGUUCCUAUCUGGAAUUGACCAAGAGGUCUUCAUGAACCAUCCAUGGUUCAAGCAUAAUGCAGACAUAAAGAACUAG